AAUUCAUCUCUGAUGCAUAUCAAUCUGCAAUUCACUCUGAUAGAGUUCUUUUCACAUGAAGUUGUUCUCUGUGGUUAUAACCCCUUUUUGCGUGGAUUAGGGAAAUCAAGAUUUAGCUGCUCUCCCCUGCUGUGACGAUGGACAGCGAGGUGCAGAGGGAUGGCAGGAUCCUGGAUCUGAUCGAUGAUGCGUGGAGGGAAGAUAAAUUGCCCUACGAGGACGUGGCCAUCCCUCUGAAUGAGCUCCCUGAACCAGAGCAAGACAACGGUGGCACCACUGAGUCUGUGAAAGAGCAAGAAAUGAAGUGGACAGAUUUGGCUCUCCAGUAUCUCCAUGAAAAUGUUCCACCCACGGGAAAUUAGUGAAUCAGAGGGAUUUUAUACAGUGGAUGCAUAAAUGCAGCAUAAAAAUAUUUUUCAGCUGACCAUUGCUCUCAUAAGCUGCCCUAAGAAAGAAAUAACAUCUCUGAAACUUUCAGAUUCCAACAGUGGUUCUGCUCACAAUGAAGAGUUUAAAAUGCUUCUUUCUUGAAUGUGAAAUAGCAGAGGCUCUGACAUCUUAGAGCCAAGUGCAAAAUGUUCCAUGCCUAUAACAUGAUUUCAUGUUUUCUGUUAAUUUGUUCUUAAGUUGGUGCCAAUUCUGAUCUUAAAUGUUUUCUACACAUGAUUAAAAAGUUUUUACUGUCUCAAAUUGCAA